AUGUUUGCAUUUAUUCUCAAUUUAUUUGAACGUUUACUUCUACAAAAAAAAUGCAAAAGACUGUUAAUAAUAGAUGACAGCAAAAGACAGUUCAACAUUUCAUUAAAAAAAUUAUAAAUAAAAAUAAGUUAGUUGAAGCGACUUCGGUUUACAUGGUAACAGCCUGUUGCUAGGCAACAUAACUCUUAACGGAUAGUCUUUCUUGAACGAGUCUGCCUUUAGCAGGUUUCGGAGAACUUCUUUAGCAACAACUUUUUGCUUUUGCUACACCUUAGACACGACUACCAAAAAUUAGAUUAACUUCUUAGUUCAAGAUGAAUUUCACUGACGGAAACGUCUGCUGCCAGCAAAGAGAAAGAGAGAAAAACCAAAACACACCGAGGCCGGCCGGGAAACUAAAACCAAUAGGAGACAGAGCAGAGAGCUGCCUACAAGAAAUCCCCCAUCCCCCAACCCCGCCGGUUUUAAGGAAAUUCCGCCGCAGUACCCACCCAGAACCAGGAGCAAUCGCUGUGCCCCAAGGGAAGGCAAAUGACCCAGAUGUUGCCAGCACUCUGGUUCAUGGCAUCAGCACGAAACCAUCCCUCUCUCAGGGUGAUGGCUUAAUAAAUCUUCCCCAAAAGACGUUCUUCCAACAGAAGUUGCAAGAAGACAGCGAGUCUAUUUAUGCUUCGAGAAGGAAAGCUCCGCUUGGUCGAGGGCCCGUCCAGGAUGCUCCCGCCUGGUACAACGACGAAACUACAUUUGGUGUGAAAACAGUUAAAGGGCUCGCUGUGCGUGAGAUCCUCAACCCUCCAGUAACAACAGAGGAGCUGGAGAAGGAGGCUCAUGUGGGACACGAAGCUUACAUCCGCAGUCACAAUUCUUAUUUUGUUGGUGAACAAAUUGACAGAAAAUACAAUCGUAAUAAAUUUAAUAAAAACGGCAACUUUGGGAUCGCCACACCCCACUUCAGCGAUGGCCGCAAUCUUGGCAAAACUCUUCACUGGGUGGGAGAGUCACACAAGUUGGAUACUCCAAAUGCUCUCUGGAAGAGAUCUGGCAACAAGGAAAAGUUGGCGUUGCAAAUGGGCAUAACCAGCAACACUCUUUGUAGGGGGAGAAACGCUUUGCCCGUUCCACCUGAACACACAUUUGGGGUUUCCGUUCCAGCAGAUCAGUAUGGAGCAGGAGAGAUUAUCCACUCCGCUGAGCCGGGGGAGUUUGUGAGAGGUGUAGACUGGCAGCGAAGCCUGGUUAAUGCAGUGAGACACCUCCUCAUGAAGGCCAACUUCCACCACUUUCCCACCCUGAUGAAGGCUUUCAGACAUUAUGAUAAGAAAGGGAAGGGCCUGAUCGACAAAGAAGAUCUCCAGGCAGUGUGUCACGAGUUCAACCUGAAACCGAGUGACAAAGUUCUGCAUGACCUGAUGGAGUACUGUGACACAGAUAAGGAUGGAUUUAUCAACUUUACGGAGUUUGCUAAUUUUCUAAACUGGAAGGACAAGAUGCCCAUCAGCGAUCGUCAGUCCAGCUCAGCUCCAGUCCAUUUGGACAGAAAACCAUCAUCAGAAUCAGAUGAACCUCUUUCCUCCCACACUUUGAUCCGGCCCGAGGACCUGGAGCCCCUAGAGCCAGGCAGUUCACAGAAAACUGUCAGGACCAUCAGGAGACCCAAAGCAGCUUUAGGACACUUCUGCACCUCCGCCUCAGUCAUUGGGGCUAACAGUGACGUGCAGCCCACAUCAAAUGAUCGCGCCUAUGGGAUCCCGUCCAUGCGCACCGACCUUCCAGCUCCACGCAUCAAACGAAUCAGCGACAGAAUCAACUACGGUGAUUUAUCCACAGCUGCAGAGCUCCUGCAUCCAUCAGUCCAUGCUCUCCGUGGUGUUCACGAGGAGCACUUCUUCUGUCCUCGUAGCAAAAAGGAGAUUAAAGACAUAUUCGGGAAUAUUGGUGUGGAUAUUUCUGAGGAAACGUUUGAGGAGGCCUGGAAGCUGGCGUCCAUGAAGCAACCGAACGGGGAAGUGUGUGUCGAGGUCUUCCGUAACACACUCAAGGAAAUAAAAGCAAUGUAACUCAAAGUCUUA